CAAAUACACACAAAAAAACUUUCUCUAUAGAUUAUCUAAUGAUGAUGAUGAUGAAUGGAAAUGUCUUAGUCGUUCGUUAUUCGUUGUUUUAGUCGCUCUUGUUGUAAUGUGAUGUGAUGAUCAUCAUGGUUUAAGAAUUCUUUCUUCCCCUAGUAAUAAUGACGAUGAUGAUGUUUAAAUUGAAAAAGAUUUCCUGUUGGUCAAUUUUUUUAUUGAUAAUAUUUUUCUUUGGAAUUAUUUCAGCAGCAAAAUUAAAAUUUGAUAAAAAAUCAUCAUUAGAUGAUGAUGAACUCAAUAAACCAUCGAUCGAUGAUGAUGACAAUAAUACAAUCAAUCAGAAGUUUUAUUCAUCAAAUAGUUAUCCACCGGAUUUUAUGCCCGAUCAUAUUCGUAAAAAUGGUGGCAUUUUUGUACAUUUUUUCCUAUUAAUCUACAUUUGUCUAUCAUUGGGUAUUGUUUGUGAUUAUUAUUUUCUUUCAUCACUUGGUGCUAUUAGUGAUGAAUUAAAUUUACCGGCCGAUGUUGCCGGUGCAACAUUCAUGGCAAUUGGAACAUCAGCACCGGAACUGUUUACAUCAAUAAUCGGUGUAUUCAUAUCGAAAGAUGAUAUCGGCACCGGUACAAUACUUGGUUCAGCUGUCUUCAAUAUUAUAUUUAUACCGGCUGUUUGUUCAUUUGCAUCAUAUUUUUUCUCAACAAAUCAACAAGCAAAUGUUUCCAAAUUUGCCAUUAUACGUGAUUCUAUUUUCUACCUAAUUACAGUGACAACAUUGUUAUUAGUUUUAAAAGAUAAUUUUGUCGAUUGGAUCGAAUCAUUAGCGAUGAUAUGCCUAUUCUGCAUAUAUUUAAUAAUAAUGUAUUAUAAUACAAAACUUGGUGAUCUUGCUGGCGGUAAAAUUUCACCAACAAUAACGCCGGUAACGGAAAAAACACCAUUAUUAACCGUUCCAAACGAAAUGGAUGGUAAUGGUAUGGAAUCAUUAUCAAUACCAUCAAGAUCACGUACAAAUUCAUUAUCAAAUCGACGAUUAUCAUCAAUGGCUGAAGAUGGUAUUAUUGAAGAAGAAAAUUGGGCAGAAAGUAAUCUAUUGAUGAAAAUUUUACUGUAUCCAGUGCAAUUUAUAUUCCGUUGGACAAUACCAAAACCAAUUGGUUAUUGGUUUAUAACAACAUUUAUAAUAUCAAUAUUUUGGAUCAUAUUAUUAACCUAUUUAUCUGUAUGGAUGGUUACAAUUAUUGGUGAUACAUUAAAAAUACCCGAAACUGUUGGCGGAUUAACUUUGUUGGCUGCUGGAACAUCAAUACCAGAAUUGAUUAGUAGUGUUUUGGUUGUUAAACGUGCCGGUUUAGUUGAUAUGGCAUUAUGUAAUUCAAUUGGUUCGAAUAUAUUCGAUAUAUUAAUCUGUUUAGGCCUGCCAUGGUUUAUUAAAUCAAUUAUCAAUAUGAUUGAUUUCAGUACAUUGGAUACAUCGAUUACAUCGAUCGUUAUCCAUUCUGAAGGUUUACCUUUAACAACAUUUUCAUUAUUAUUAGCAAUUAUAGCAUUGAUUACAUCAUUAUCAAUGUUUGAAUGGAAAUUAAGUUUAGGUGUUGGUAUUACUUGUACCUGUAUUUAUAUUGUUUUCAUUACUAUUGCAAGUUUUGUUGAAAUUGCAUUUGCAUAAUUUUUUAUUAUUUAUUACAAACACACCCGGUACAAUUUAUUGAAAAAAAAAUG